AUGCGCGCCUUUGUUAUUUGGAUAUUUGUAUCGUGCUAUUUUCUUGGUUUUGGUGCCACUGCUCAAGGGCAGUCCACCCCGUCUAUUUGUUCCCCCUCGUGCCACUGCGAUGAAGAUGGGCUUGUUGACUGCUCCGGGAAGGGACUUAUUGCUAUUCCAGUCGGUUUAAGUGCUUUCACGUACCAUCUGGAGGUCAGCAUGAACAACAUCACUGAAUUGCCUGCAGACGUCUUUAAAAACUUUCCCUACCUGGAAGAACUACGCCUGGCAGGAAAUGACCUUGCAUUCAUCGACCCGUCUGCCCUGUCCGGACUGAAUCAGCUAAAAAUCCUGAUGCUCUCAAAUAAUCAACUGAAGACUGUCCCCAGUGCAGCUCUGAAAGACCUCCAUGCUCUGCAGUCUCUGCGAAUGGAUGCCAACCACAUCACCUCGGUCCCAGAGGACAGCUUCAAAGGACUUCAGCAGCUACGCCACCUUUGGUUGGAUGACAACAACCUUACGGAGGUUCCCAUUGGUUCCCUCCGACACCAGGCCAACCUUCAAGCAUUAACAUUGGCACUCAACCGCAUCUCUUACAUCCCAGACAAUGCUUUUGCGAACCUUACCAGUCUGGUGGUGCUGCAUCUCCAUAACAACAGGAUAAAAGAGAUUGGGGAGCACUGUUUCAACGGGCUGGUCAAUUUAGAGACAUUAGACCUCAACUUCAACAACCUCAUGGUUUUUCCCAGAGCAAUAGAGGCCCUGCCUAAACUCAAGGAACUUGGUUUCCAUAGCAACGAUAUAGCUUCCAUACCUGAAGGUGCCUUCCACAAAAACCCUCUGUUGCGAACCAUCCACCUCUAUGACAACCCUCUGUCGUUCGUCGGGGCUACAGCUUUCCAGAACCUAACCGACCUGCACUCUCUGAUGCUGCGUGGCGCCAGUCAGAUGCAGGACUUCCCAAUCCUUACUUCCACUAACAACCUGGAAAGUCUGACCCUAACUGGCACCAAAAUAUCCUCCAUUCCAGCCCAUUUGUGUGAAGACCUGAAGUUGCUUCGCACAUUAGACCUGUCCUAUAACCAGAUAGAGGCGCUACCGUCUUUCCACGGAUGUGUCGCACUGCAGGAGCUAAACCUGCAACAGAAUCACGUUCAACAAAUCAACCGAGACACUUUCCAUGGACUCGGUUCUCUUCGCUUGCUAGAUCUGAGCAGGAAUGGCAUGGUAUCCAUCCACAGAGAUGCUUUCCUCUCCCUGACCGCACUUACAAACCUAGACCUGAGUAUGAACUCUCUCACGGGGGUCCCGACAACGGGUCUGAAUUCGCUCAGCCAGCUGAAGCUCUCAGGGAACCUGCAGAUGAAAAAUAUGCUGAGUGCAAAGAGCCUGCCGAAACUGCGAUCACUCUCUGCGCCGUAUGCCUACCAGUGCUGUGCUUUUGCGGACUGUAGCCCCAUGAUGGGUCAUUCAGAAGCUGACGACCUGAAGCAACCCACAGAUGGGGAAGAUGUUGAGAGAAUCUCAAUGAUAAUGCGCUGCACCCCCUCACCAGGAGCGUUCAAGCCCUGCGAGCAUCUCCUGGGCAACUGGAUGAUCCGCGUGACGGUGUGGUUCAUCGGCCUGGUGGCGCUGGUCUUCAACUCUCUGGUGCUGGUGGUCACCUUCGGCCCCAUGCGUCGGGCCUCGGGCCCGGGCCCCUGCCGCCCCCAGGGCUCCUCCCUCUCCGGGGCCCGGCUGCUCACGGGCCUGCUGGCCCUCGCCAACCUGCUGACGGCGCUGUACGUGGCGGUGCUCUCCCUGCUGGACCUCGCCACCUGGGGCUCCUUCGCCGAGUUCGGCGUGUGGUGGGAGAUGGGCCCGGGCUGCGCGCUCGCCGGCGCCCUGGCCGUCUUCUCCUCGGAGUGGGCGGUCCUCCUGCUGGCGCUGGCCGCCGUGGAGCGCGGCGCGGCGGUGCGCGCCGUCCUCCGGAAGAGCGCGCCGUCCCCGCGGCGGGACGCGCCGGCCUGCCUGCGGGGGGACCGGCGCUUCGGCGCGGCGGCGGGCGCGCUGGCGCUGGUGGCCGCCGCCGCCGCCGCCCUGCCCCGCGCGGCCUCCGGCGAGCCCUCGGCGUCGCCGCUCUGCCUGCCCUUCGCCGGCGGCCGGGGCGCGGCGCUGAGCGUGGCGCUGGCGCUGGUGCUGCUCAACGCCCUCGCCUACCUGUUCACGGCCGCCGUCUACACCCAGCUGUACUGCCGGCUGGGCCGCACCGCCCUGGCGGACCCGGGGCAGAGCGGCGCCCUGCGCCACGUGGCCUGGCUCAUCUUCACCAACUGCGUCUUCUUCUGCCCCCUGGCCGCCUUCUCCUUCGCCCCGCUGCUCGCCGCGUCGGGCGCGGCGGCCGGCGGGCCGGAGAUCGCCAAGUCGGUGGUGCUGCUCUUCUUCCCGCUGCCCGCCUGCCUCAACCCCGUGCUCUACGUCUUCUUCAGCCCGGCCUUCAGGGAGGACUGGCUGCGGCUGAGGGCCGGGGUGCGAGGGGGCGGGGCCAGAGGGGGCGGGGCGAAGGCGGUCGCCGGGGCCCAGGGCGCACGAGGAGGAGGAGGAGGAGGCGCCGGCGGCGGGCCCGUGGCGCUGGGGGCGUACGGCUGCGGCGGGGCCUACGCGCCCCUCUGCGGGGAGGCGGUGGCGGUGUGCGCGCAGUGCGAGGCGGCGCUGCGCGCCAGGACCUGCGCCUUGCCUCCCCCGACCUCCUCCUCGUCCUCCUCGUCCUCCUCGUCCUCCUCCGCCUGCAGACACUUGGUGAAGUCCCACAGCUGCCCCACGCUGAUGGCGGGGGCCGCGGCGCCGUGCCCGCGGUCGGAGGGCUACUGGGCCGACCGCGGCACGCCCUCGGCCCAGUCGGAGUGCGCCGACGAGGGGGACUCGUUCCUGUCCGACAGCUCGGACCAGGUGCAGGCCUGCGGCCGCGCCUGCUUCUGCCAGAGCCGAGGCCUCCCCCUGGUGCACUACUCGUACAACAUACCUCGCAUCAAGGACUAAGACAGCCCGCCGGAGGUGUGUGUGUGUGCGUGCGUGCGUGUGUGCGUGCGUGUGUUCGUGUCCGACGAGCCUCGUUUGUGUAAUGUGCAGACUACCCUGUCAAUAGACUCUUCGGAAAGCACUUAUUUUUCUAAACAAAACGCCUAAAGGGAACGGUGUGUCAUGUGAACUGACAGGGCCGCUGCUGGUGUUCCAGGAUGUAACUGAGCGUGCGCGCGAGCUAGCCAAGAAGGAUGUCACUCAGGAGGUCCUUGCUACCAGUGCCUGCUUCUCGGUUCAAGUUGGACUAAAUAUGAGUAUCUUACGGACCUCAACCUGUCACUUCUAGCUACGGUUCUUGUGCCCAUUUCCGCUUCACCUGUACGUGCUAUUAGUGCUCAAAUAUCGUCUAUAUAUAUAUAUUAUUUUAAACUUCUAUGUCGCUGUGGAACUUUAUGGUAAUUGUAGCAAUGGUAUUCAUCUUCAUUUGUUUAGUUUUAAUGAACUGUACCUUCAGGAGAGGUUUGGGGGUAAACAGAGAGAGAGGGGUCUUAAAGGUAGGGGGAUAGGAUAAGGACAAAUCGUGCAGCACACCAAACCCUUCUCAUCUAAUCGAAAUCCACUCUUCCUUCUCUGUCACGGUUAAGUACCCUGUACUUGCAUUUUGUGAAAGCAUGACAAAUGAUUCGUCAUUUAAUCAGAAGCGGUUUUUCACUGUACAAAAAAGUAUGACAACGAAUGUGAUAAAAAAGUAGCCAAUAUCACUGUUUUUCCAACAGCCGUGCUGGGUUGUAUCGUGUGCUGCUUUAAUUUAUUAUUUUGUGCAGCAAGAAUGUGUGGGUCGCAGUAACUUCAGGUAUAUGAAUGGUGGCCUUUGGAUGAUGAAUGCACAUAACCCCAGCACUCGCUACCAUUAGAGCACCUCUCGUGAAAAUUCAAUCCAAAUACUUUUUCCUGUUCCUUUUGUAUGUUAGUACUGUAAAUGUUCAAUGAUGGCUCAACAUGUAAUUUGUAGUCUUAAGUUGCACAUAUUGCGUGCUCACAGUCCGAUUCAAAUUUAGCAGUCGGCGAUUGACUCGUUUUUCAGCAUAAUCUUUGUAAUAAAAUGAACUUCAUACAUAACUAUCGCGGUAGGGGGCCAUCUAAUGGUUAUCGGUGUAACUUUUCCUCCGAGGACAUUUUGUGCGAGAUGCUACAUAGGGUGGUGCGGCGGGUGUGGUGUGCUCUGUGCUGGAGCAUGAGUGCACAGACGCUAUGGUGGAAACACCCAUGUAGCAUGUAGCCACAUGCUGUGCCACAUGGAUGCAGGUCACCUGAGAGCUCAGGAAUUUAGGCAGUGUAGGGAAAGUCAUCUAUCAACAAAUUGUUCUUCUGUCCACGUUAUGCAUCGGAAUUACUCGCUUUGAAUUUAUUUUCUACAGGCUUUUUUAUAUGUUCCGACGUUUCCUUUGACACCAAACCUUAAUUAUUUUCCUCUGUUCAAAAUGUCAGUGUACUUUAGAAAUGUUAUUUUGGAUUGUGUAUGUAAAUUAUUUUCAAAGAAAUCUAACAAAUCAAAAUGGGAUGCAAACUAAGGGAGCUACCUCUUCCAGUCUGUUUUUCCUAUUGUUAUUAUAAUGUUCCUUGCAUUUCUGGCUUCAUGUUGAUGCAUCUGGCUGUAUAUCAUAAUUUCAGUUAGGUGCAAAUUGUGGUAGGACUGUAUGUACUAUAUACUGUGAUUUCUUUCUUUUUUUACCAAUUAUAAACUAUUAAAGUUCCUUUGCAUUUGUUUA